AAAUCACGUGAACACCUCCGUUCGAGAGGUAAAAUGGAGAUUGUAGAGAAUCCUGUCGUUAUCAAUGGUGACAUACCCUGUAUGCCUCCUGGUCAGCAAAAUGAAGACGACAUUGACAUAGGAAAAAUCCAAGAUGAGUUGAAAAAUAUUAGAAAAGUUAUUCAGCUUACAAAAGAUUCCUUAGAUGAAUUAAACAAAACAUUUGGAAAUGACCAACAACCAAAUCCUAUGUACUUGGAGGAAUAUGAAACACUCACAAACAAAAUCCAUGACUUACAAGUCAAAGAGGAAGAUUUACUGGCAAAGAUGCCCAAUGAGGAGUUGGAGAACACUCCACCCCCCGCUCCCUCCACACUUCCCUCCUCGGGGGGCGUGGCUCAACCUAAUGUACCAAAUCCACUACCAAGUCCUAAACCUGUCCAUGGGAUUAUAAAGGCCUACUUACCAAAUGAGCAGUUUUCACUGGUAAAAAUAGAGCCAGGAAAGAUACUGAAGGAAGGUUUAAAGAAAACAAUGUCUCGCAGAGAUCUGUUACCAGAAAAUUGUAAUGUCUUUGACUCCACAACAAAGAUGCCCAUCUCAUGGGACAUUGACAUGGCAAACUUAGCCGGAAAACACAUCAAUGUCUGUGAGAAACCCAAGCGAAAGCUGGAGGGACAGUUAGCGAUCACCACACAUAAUAUAGUUAGAAAAACAUUUUUACUUUUAACAUUCUGUGAUGGCUGUGGGAAGUCCUUGUUUCAAAGUUUUCGCUGUCAGACGUGUGGAAUUCGAUUUCAUCAGCGCUGCAGCGACAAAAUACAACCCUUCUGUUACCCUGUGUCCGAUUCCUUACAUUACCCGGGGAUGUUCAAACCCAAGUUGGCGGAUCCGGGGUUUUCUCAGAACAAGGAAGAUCGGUUCAGUCGCAGCCGCUCACAAUCGGCACCUAAUGUUAAUAUAAAUAUAACGGACACGCAUCCUGACCAUUCAGAGGAGAAGUUUCCAUUUACUUCCCCGAAUAUUGAAGAUUCGGGUCACCCUCGACAUUACAAAGACAAACGUCAUGCCAGUGAUGGCACAUGUAGCAAGCCUACACCAAAGCAUCGCUAUGGAACACAAAGAAACAAUACCCUGCCUGUGUUAUCCAAUCAGUCCAAGCCUAUACCUCAGCCGCCACCCCCACAGACGGGUCAGGAGGCCAAGCAUCGGACAGGAGAAAAUCAUCCGCGAGAGGACUGGGAAAUCAACGGUGAUCAGAUACAAAUGCACAAGAGGAUAGGGUCAGGGUCAUUUGGGACUGUGUAUCGGGGGUAUUACCAUGGUCACGUGGCGAUCAAACGCCUCAAUGUCACAGCUCCUACCCCUCAACAGCUGAGGGCAUUCAAAAAUGAAGUAGCUGUUUUAAGGAAAACUCGACACACAAACAUUCUUCUGUUCAUGGGAUGGACGUCAAAGCCCCAGUUAGCCAUAGUUACCCAGUGGUGUGAAGGUUCCAGUUUAUACAAACACAUUCAUGAAGACGAUAUCAAAUUUGAAAUGUUGACGAUAAUGGAAAUCUCCCGACAGACGGCGCAGGGCAUGGAUUACCUCCAUGCAAAAUCUAUUAUUCACAGAGAUUUAAAGUCAAACAAUAUAUUUUUAACGGAAAAUUUAACGGUAAAAAUAGGUGAUUUUGGACUGGCCACCAUGAAAACAAGGUGGAGUGGGUCACAUCAAUUCCAACAACCCAGUGGGUCCAUAUUAUGGAUGGCCCCUGAGGUCAUACGAAUGAAGGAAGCCAAUCCCUACACGAAUCAAUCAGAUGUCUACGCUUUUGGAAUUGUGUUAUACGAAUUAAUGACACAGUCACUUCCUUACAGCAACAUAAGUAACAAAGACCAGAUUUUAUACAUGGUGGGUAAGGGGACACUGAGGCCUGAUCUCAGUAAGGCAAGGAAAGACACGCCCAAGAGGUUCAAGAUCCUCAUGCAGGACUGCUGUAAAUAUGACAGAGAACAGAGGCCAUUAUUUCCACAGAUUUUGUCAGUGUUAGAAAGCUUGGAACGAUCUCUCCCGAAGGUUCACAGGAGUGCAUCAGAGCCAACGUUAAAUCUGGCCCAAUCCGAAGACUUUAUGUAUUUAUGUGCUUCACCUAAAACUCCUAUAAACAGCGGCAUUCAUUUUCUCUUCACGUCGACAUCAGGAGGGGGACUAAACUAGUGGUAGGGGCUUAGGUCUGUGUUUUCUGGCCGAGGGAGAAAAGGGUCUCCGUUACGCUACAAGUUUGCACAGAUGAAGCUCUCAACACGUGUGAUAGCUUGCUUUUUU